AUGGGCGAACAAAACAAGACACUAUCCCGUCCCAUUUUCAGCCGGGAUGUCAGCUGGGAACCGUUCCCAAACUGGACGCAGCCGAACCGCACCUUCAAUCAGGAUUUUGGCCUCCCUCCUUUCCUGGAUCCCGGCGAUGUGGACUGGAUACACUGGGCAAAGAGGAGGCUGACCACGUUCUCCUGGCCCGACUACACACAGACUCCACUCCUGCCUCCGCUGGGGGGUCACGCAAAGGGCCCAAGACAACUGACGAGUGGGGUGUCGGAGGUUCGCACGGGGCCGGACAGCUGGAAGAUUGACCUGGACGUCAACCACUUCUCCCCUGAAGAGAUCACAAUCACAACCAAGGAGGGCUACCUGCAGAUAUCAGGAAAUCAUGAAGAAAAGCAAGAUCAGCAUGGAUCGGUUUCAAGAUGCUUCAACAGGAAAUACAAGCUGCCGCAGGGGGUGGACCUGCAGCACAUCAGCUCGUCCCUGUCUGGCGAUGGCGUCCUGUCAGUGGAGGCUCCCGUUCCCGGGACGUCCAUCAGCGAGCAGCCCAGGGAGCUCGUCAUACCCGUUCAGAUCCGACAGAGGCAGGACGGAGACAAGUGA